CACACGCACGCGUUCUGAGAACAACUCCUGCGCGCUUCGUGAUUCGAAAAUUGAUUGCGCGCGCGCCUGUGAGCUUGCAACUGUGUGCGUAACGUCACGCCGUGCACACGACACUCGCUACGUGUGCGUGACAAUUGUACACAUGUGUGAAAACAUGUGCGUAUGUGAUUUAUGAACGGACGACACUGGAUUCGGUAGCCUAGGGUGAAUUGACGAUUUUUGAGUGCCGUUUUGUGAGUUUGUUGAUCAAGUGUUUCGUGAAGUUGUGUUUUUUGAUAGUUUUUGUGUGUGGUUUACUCAUUCGCAUUACAUUCAGGGUACCCGCCGGUAGAAUAUACAAUGCAAACUAAAAACAUAAACCUCAGCCAAGACCAAAGAAGCAAAGAGUGUAACGACAAAAUGGGCCGCCAAGGGUUGUCAGACACAGACAGGUCAACGGCUCAGGCUGCCUUGCCUAACCAAAUCACGGCCUCGACCAUCGGUUCCACGUAUUGCGGCACAGUCUCGAGCCCGCCGUACAGGAUGCCGCCGGCGCCGGAGGCCGCGUUGCCGGGUGCGCCCGCGCCGUCCGCGCCGCACGCCGCCCUGCACACGCACUCCGCCAAGUUCCCUAUAGAACGCGAAGUGAUCCUGUCAUCCGGCGACAAGAACUCCAAGGUGCCGAUCCUGCAGGAGGCCAGGAAGAGAGGCAGGCUCGGUGCAGUCGCACCAGACACCCCGCCUAAAGCCCUGGCCGCAUGGACAUAUGCCGAGAUAAUUCCCGAUAGUAAAGUACCAUGA